AUGAUGGAGGAAAAUCAGUGUGGAGAGGUGGACUAUCUUAUCCAAGAUGAAGACACGUUAAUUGAAGGUGUCAGCAACCAGGUUCUGUUUGUUGUGGUGCUCACCUUUACCCUACUGGCAGGCAUCUUAACACUACUAUGCAGAGAGGAGCAGCAGCAAAAUAUUCACCCUGAGAAUCAAGAGCAUGUUCGAGCUGUCCGCCAGCAACUACAAACAGAGCAGGAGGAAAAUCCCCAGCCAGAACCCAGGCAGCAGUAUUACAGAGACAUGUCUUGCCCUGUGUGUUUACAACAAGCUGUUCUACCAGUUGAGACCAACUGUGGUCAUCUUUUCUGUGGUUCAUGUAUUGUAGCCUACUGGAGAUAUGGGACCUGGUUGGGUGCCAUAAACUGUCCCAUAUGCAGACAAAUGGUAACAUUGCUCUUCCCACUGUUCCAUGAGCAUGCUGCUCCUCAAAGGGUACAAGAUGGAGAAGCAGAACCGCAGCUCAUCUUAAGGGACAUCAACGAUUACAACCGUCGCUUCUCAGGGCAGCCAAGAUCUCUAAUAGACAGACUACGGGAUGUACCCACCCUUCUCCGUCACGCCUUUAGGGAGAUGUUCUCGAUGGGGGGCCUCUUCUGGAUGUUUCGAAUCCGAAUUCUUCUCUGCCUGAUCGGAGCUAUCACAUACCUGGCCUCACCGCUAGACAUCCUCCCCGAGGCACUUUUCGGCCUACUGGGAUUCAUGGAUGACUUCUUCGUUAUCCUCCUCCUCUUCGUGUACAUCUCCAUCAUGUACAGGGAGGUGGUCACGCAGAGACUCAAUGGCUAG